UAUUUAUUGAAAUAUCCGAUUUUUUUUACAUCAUACAAAUCCCAACUAGUAAUGACAGCCGGUUUGGGGCAGUAACCAAAACCUUUUUUUUUUUCUCUUUGAUGUAAGAACGGUCGGACUCUAACUACAAGAGACCCGUCGUCGUUAUUCGCCGUAACAAUUCCGCUAUUUUUCUCCUUCGGAAUUUAUCCCGAAAGGGAAUCCUCGAAAAACCCUCCCAUAAAAUGUUCAAACUCGAUAUUUCACACGAUCUCUCCUGUCUUCUGUCGGCGAACUUUAUGAAAAUGCGUUUUAACAUCAAAGGGAUGCUAAACUCGACCGAUCCGGAGAGGAACAUCGCGUCGCAGAGAGCAAUUUGUGAAUGCAGAUUCGACGUGGAUUCGUCGGGGCUCUUCUUGUGCGUGCUUUAUGCGAAUUAGGCGGCUCGAAACGUGUCCUUAUCAACCGGCAAGGAUCGAUGAAUCCCUCGCCAUCAACUAAUUAACUUUCGAAUAAUUUCUAGUAGCUAGUAAAUACUUCCAACAACGGAUUUA